AUGGCCACAAAGAUCCCAAACUCCACUGCUGAGAAGCAGUGGAUGAUGUACAUGGCCUUAAAUCGCUACAUGGCCAUCUGUGAUCCCCUGAGACAUUCCACCAUCCUGACAAACGCUGUCGUAGCCAAGAUCGGCCUUGCGGUUUUGUUGCGCAGUGGCAUUCUCAUGCUGCCUCAUCCGUUCCUGGCAAGGCAGUGGCCAUAUUGCAGAACCAACAUCAUUCCCCACUUGUACUGCCAGCAUAUAGCAGUGGUGAAUUUGGCUUGUGCCGACAUCCAUGUCAGUAGUUACUACAGCCUCUCUGUGGCACUUUCUGUGACCGGUCUCGAUGUGUUUUUUAUCACCAUGUCCUAUAUUCAGAUCCUCAGGGCCAUUUUCAGCCUCCCGACAAAGGAUGCCCACCUCAAGACUUUUCAGACCUGUGCCUCCCACCUCUGUGUCAUUUUAGCAUCUUACAUCCCAGCUCUCUUCUCCUACGUCACACUUCGGUUUGGCCAAAAUGUCGCCCUGCAUUUCCAUGUUCUCGUGGCCAACAUGUACCUCCUGGUGCCCCCCAUGCUAAACCCCAUCAUCUAUGGGACUGAGCUCCGUGCAGAGCCGACUGGUGAUGUGGUGCUGGGACCCCUUCCCUGA